CUUUUUUCGAAUAGAAAUUACUUUUAAUCCUUUUGAUUGUAUUGGAUUUUUUGGUUUAAUUCUAUUUGGGUUGGCAACAUUGUUGUUCAUAUGAUGGCUGCCUGUUAAGUCUUCUUCGUUCUUUGUGUCUCAUUAUCUUUUCUCAACAUCGAAAAAAAUCGAAAUGACUGCAAAAAAGCCCACCGAAGACUCGAGGGAACCUCCUGAGACGAGGAUGUUGAGAUACUUGUAUAUUGGAAAAGAAUAUAUGGAAUACCAACCAGGCAACUGGUUUGUGCAUAAUUAUUUUAACAUUCAACGGGUACCAUCAAUUGAAGAGAUGGCUUCGGAUUCGGAAACGGAAUUAAAACCAAUUGAAAUCAUCAAUUCGGUAUUCGAAAAAGAUAAGAAUCUUGUUCAAAAUUACGAAACAAUUGUGUUUGCAUUAGCUGUAUGUGCAAGACAAACAAAAAGUGAAAAAUUGCGAUUUCAAGCGUACUCGAAUGUGAAGAAAAUUUGCGCUGCACCCGAACAUUUUUUAUUGUUUACAAAAUUUGUUAAUAAUAUAACGAAGAGCAGCAGUAAGAAAAUUGGUUGCGGCCAUGGAUGGAAACGAGCUGUGGACGAUUGGUAUAAAUCGAAAAGUUACAUGGAACUCGCUGAAUGUGUCACGCGAUGUAACAGCAGGUAUGGAUGGAAGCAUAAAGAUAUUUUAAAAUUGGCACAUUUACCUGUGGGAUGCUUAAAGGCAAGUGACAAAACAAUGCUUCCAGAUAUUCCCGAUAACAUACUGGUUCAAAAUAUCACAUUUUGCUACAUAACUCACGGCCUCAAGGAGGUGAAGAAAAUAUUUGGCGAUUCAAAUAGUCCACAUUUACAAGAGCGUCCAAAUUCUCUCCAAGUGAUGAAAUAUUUAGAGAAGAUAAUGGAGUUCAAGCACUGUGAGGACGAAGUUAGCGCUGCGAGUCUAUUGGAAGUGAAUAAUUUCACAUUGGAACAUGUACCGGGACACUUUUUAAAAUCCGAAGAGAUGUGGAAUGCAUUGAUGACGUCAAUGAAUUAUACCACACUCCUUGAGAAUAUUCAAAAAUUGCACAAUCUCGGUUUCCUGAAGCCAAAUUCGACAAUUGUGUCGAAAAUUGUCGAUAUCUUGUUAGAUCAAGAAAAAUUGGAUCAAGAGAAAAUUCACCCGGCUCAUAUUUUAAUAACAAUUCGAAAUUAUGAAAAUUCGGGAAAACCCUUGAGUUAUGAAAAGCGAAAAGUGAGGGAAGAAGCGAAAAAACAACAUCCACCGCCACCGGAACCAAACAAAAAGAUUGUCAAAACUCUGUAUACUGCUCUUAAUUUGUCUUUUUCGUAUUUGGAGACAACUGGAAUGAGAUAUUUGAUAACAAUUGACAUGAGUAAAACAAUGCAGGAAUCACGUGUUUGGCAUUGCGGUAAUAUGGUUCCAGCGGAAGUUGGUUGCUUGCUGGCACUUUCGCUUUUACGCAGUGAGAAAAACGUGACAAUUGCCACUUACAAAAAUGUCGGAAUUCAUGUCACUAAUUUUGACAAGAACCAUUCAUUCGCUCAAGCGUACACAAAAUUGUCACAUCAGCCCACAGGCAUUGUUAAUCUAAGUAAACCCAUGGCAUGGGCUACGUUUCAAAAAAAAAAGUACGAUGUGUUUAUUAAUGUCGUUGACAUGAUUUCCAUGAAUAAUGAUACAUCAGCAGAAGGCAUUAAAACUUAUCGAACAGAAAUGAAUCUACCCGACGCAAAGUUAAUAAACUGCGUUAUGUGCGAUUCUUCAUACCGUAAGGAGACGGUAGAUAAAAAUAUUUUAACAAUUUGUGGAUUUGAUCAGAAAGUACCGAAAAUCAUUGAGGCAUUUUCAAAAUCAUCCUUUUAAAAAUCUAUUGGCCGGUUACAAUGGGUACGUAAAAAUUAAAAAAAAAAUUUCGUUUAACCAUUCUCGAUAUUAAUUUAACAAAAUUUAUUUAUUCAAUUACUUUUUGAAAUUUGGUUUUCUUUAUAAACCAAUUAUAUUCAGUUUUGCAAAAUUGUUUUCAUUUUUUAAUAAUAUAUGAUUAGUGAUUAUCACUUUAUUCUUUAUAGAAAUAUAAACACGAAAUUAGAGAAGGAAAAAUAGUACAAUAAUUAUAGGUUUCUUUUGGAAACUAAUAUUUUCCUUUUUCGAAAAGAAAAAUUCACCUUUUAUUUUUCAUUGUUAUCUAAUCAAAUUGAAAACAUGAAAACGAUUUUUAUGAUUGUGACAAAUUUGUCUUUUAAAUAUUUUGUUAACUACCUCUUUUUUCAAAACGAAAAAAAAUAUUUAGUCAUUUUAUUUUUCUACUAGACUUACUUAUUAACAAUUUUUUUUUAAAUUUAUAUAAAAUUUUUUUAAAUAAUUUAUUUACUGUUUAGUAUUCAAGUUUUGUGUGUGAUUCAAUUGUUUCUUAAAAUUGAAGAAUAAAUUCAAAAGAAUAAAUUUAAAAGUUUUCAAUUUGUGCCAAAUUUUGUUUCUCGUCAUCGAUGAAAAAAUAUCAAAAACUUCCCGAACUUUUUAAAUGCCUUUGAUUUGAAAAAAGCAAAAAAAGAAAAAGGAGACUGUAUCUCUUAAUCAGUUUAUUGUACAUUUCUUUGAAUUCUUCUAAUUGAAAAUAAAGAAGAAGAAAAAGAAACUGCAUUGGAGAAAAAUAGCAUUAAGACUGCAUUAAUAGCUGCCUAGAAAAAACAAAAAAAAAAUUAUAAAAGUAAUCUUAUGGUGCAUUUGUUGAUUCAUAUAGUGAAAAAAAAGAACAUGAAAAUUUGUCCUAUUAAUUACUCGCUUAUUUCACGAUUCUCGCUCGAUGAAAAAAAAAACUAGACAAAUAUUGUGACAUUACUAAACUUAUGAUGAUAAAUAUAAAUUUUUAAGAACUGUGGGCGCGCCUCUCCCAUAAAAAAGAAAAAUAAUGAUUUCUUUUCUUUUUAAAAAAAUAAAAGAGAAUGUUGAAAUUAUGUCACUGUGAUAUGCAUUUAGCCCCAAAGAGUAUAGACUACAUUAGUAUAAUUUUACUGAUAUAUUUCAUAUUUGCCAUAUCCAAAGUGAAAGAGAAAAAAAAACAACAAAUGAAUAAAUAAUACUGACAAAUACUGUGAUAUGAAAUACGAUGUUACUGUUCGAAAUAGUAAACAAAAAAAAAAGGAUAUUGUAAAAAGUUAAAAAGAAAAUAUUGGAGGCGCGUCACAAUUCUUGCUAAAUGCGUUGAUUAUAGUGGUGAUAUAUUAACUCGUAAAUUUUGUUAAGGCAACGUUUAAGUAUCGAAAAAAUGAUACUUUAAAAAAUAUUACCGUCAAUCCAUUUCGAUUAAUACCGUUUGCGGCCUUUUUUCACUAGUAACAAUAUUGUUGAUAUUCUUUAAAAAAAAAAACGAUUUAAAAAUUUAUUUUCUGAAUUACAGAAAAAUAAUCGCGAUUUCAUUUUUUCCCCCUCAUCAAAAAAAUCGAAUUCGCAUUUCGCAAUCGUGCUUUUUAUCAAAAUGUUGAUUGACUCUCUCUCUCUCUCUCUUUCUCUCUAUUUCUCUAACUCUAUCACUUGCUCUCACUUUUUCUUCUCGAUCCGCUGAUUAACCCCUCUCUGUUUAGAAAAAUCCUCAGUUUGUAAAAAUCUCAAAGAUUUCUACUUUCUACUGGAAAAAAAAAUUGCCAAAUUUCUAGAGAAGAAAACAAUUUUCUAGACUUUAGGGAAUUUCUAAGCUUUAAGGAACAAAAAAAAAGAAUUAAUAGCGUGAAUCACUCUCAGGUACGAAAGACACUUAUUAAAAUAAAUAAAACUUUUAAUUCACGUUAAAAAUAUGGGUAAUUAGCGGAAAGAGUUGUGUUCGUAAAUAAAUAGUAGUUGUAUCACACUAGAAAAUAAAAAUUAAAAACAAAUACAUUAUUCACAUUUACGAAAUAAUAAAAUAAAUAUCGAUUCGCGGAUCAAGUCUGUUCGUUUUUUGCGCGCAAUAAAAACAAUUGAUAGGACUUUGGUAAAUCAUAGGUUGUUAUUGAAAGUAAUCAUAUUUUUUUAGAGAAAAUUUUUCCUAAAACAAAAAAAAAUAAAUAAAAAUAAAAAAGGAAUCUGUACUGAAAAAUGCGCUUAGAGUAUCUGUAAUUAUUUAUACACACAGAAUUACUAGACCAAAUCUCGUUAUUGGGAAUCAUUUUCUAUUAAUAAUGGAAAAUAUAUUAUAUAAUUAUACACAUAAAUAUAUUUAAAAAGAAAGAAAAAAAAAUGCGUUUCUAGUUGCUACUUAUUACAAAAAGGAAAAAAAAAAUAAAAAAUCAGUAAAAAAAAUAUGCUAUAUCAAUAUUCGUAGCGUAAUUAUAAACUAUAAAUAUUUGCGUAUUUACAAGUAUUUAGACGUAAAUAAAAUUGUAUGUAUGUACACAUGGCUGUCGAAAAGGAACUUGAUAAUCCGUCUUCUGCGCACUUAACGAAAACUAUUUCACGUCGACUACUCGAAUAUUAUUGCUUUUUUUCUAUUUUAAUAAAAUAAACAAGUGUACCUUUUCGAUGCUUUGUCUUUUAGGGAAAGUUCUCAUCUACCGAUUUCUUUUUCUAUUUUUAAAAUUAAAAACUAAAAAAAAAAUCGAAUUAGUUAAAAAAAAAGUGACUUUCGAAAAAAAUUAAUAGAUUGAGAACGAUCCUGCUCUUAAUAAUAAAUGUAUAUUCACUAAUUGUAUAAGAGUACGUCCCACGAAAAUAAAAAAUUGCGGCACGGAACUGAUAUUCCAAAUGGUAUAGGAAUAAAGCGCAUUUUUGCCGGAAAAAAAGAAAAAAAAACAAAGAAACUUCUGUAAUUGCAACUCUGUCAUUUGACGAUUUCAAAAGAGCCAAUUUUGUGAUUUAUCGAAAACAAUAUAUUGAAUGUGUUCAAUACUAGAAAAAAAAACUGUUUUCUUUUUGUGAAGAAAAAAAAAACAUUAUACGAAUAUCAAUCGUUGCCUAGCAAGGUAAAUUCCGAUCUUAAUCAGGAAGCACAAGUUACUAGCUCAUAAAUGUGUAUUCAUUCUCAUAGUGUUCUUAUAAACAAAACAAAAACAUAUUAACUCUAAUAUUAGACGAAAUGCUAGCACCUAUGUUCCUUAGAGUUAUUAUAUAUAAAAAAAGAAAAAGAAUGAAAAUUAAAAACCUUUGUUAUAUUUAAUUCUUGCAAUCGUAUUUUUCUUUUUAUGUUCUGUAGAAAAAAAAACAAAGCUCAAGGUUUAUUAAUUUAUUUUUUCUAUAAGGUCUUCUAUAAGAAGUAAAUUUGUGCAUAAAAUGAUUUUUGUGAGUGACAAUUUAUAAACUACAAUCGCAAGAAUUAAAUAUCGGAAUAUUGUGUUCGAAUUUUUCAAUUCACCGCGAAAGUCAGGAUAUAUUUCGACAUAUAAAAAAAAUGCCUAUCUUUCGGCCUUAAAUUUUUAUACAAAAAAAAAAAAAAGAAAGAGAAGAAACGAAACAUUGCAAAAGUUUCGUUUUUGUUCUUGCAUUCCUCUGCGAGUAUGUUUACAUACUAUAAAAACUGUUAUCAAUUUCUACAAAACUGUCUUUUUCUUGUUUUUUUCUAAUCUUUAAUUAUUCAUAAUUUUUCUUGAAAAAAAAUAUUAAAUAGAAAAAAAUGAUGAAAAAAAGCAAAAAAAAAGUGAAAAAAAUAGGAAAAUGAAAAAAAAACCGUUUUGAUUGAUUUUUACAAAUUGUGAUAUUUUUUUUGAAAAGAAAACAAAAUGACAUCUUUAGAAUUAGGAACUAUUUUAACGGAAUAGAGAAAGAAAUUUUCUUUUUUAUGCAAAAUUUUCGAAAAAUUCGAAAGAUGUCUUUUUUUUUGUAAAUCAUUCUCACUAAUUAUUGUUAUAGUAUUUUGAUAUCACAAAAAAAAAAAUACGGAGUUUAAUAGGAAGAAAAUUCGUUACAGAUUUUACUGUUUUCUGUUACAAAUUUAAAAAAUAGGUAUGCGAAUUACUCCCUGAAUAAAUUCAAAAUUGAGUUAAAA